CCCUCCCACUCUGCCCGCCAUGUUCUGGAGGAGGAGAUACGUGUAGCCUGGCUUUAGCUGGUUUAGCAUUAGCAACACAUAGCCUGACUGAGGCGCAACAAGCACCCUGAACACCGAAAUAAGUAGUAAAUCUACAUUUUCUCCUCGGAAUUGGUGGAACUUGUUUAUGGGUUUACAUCCCCGGACUGAGAAUAGAACCUGAAAGUAGCCCAAAAGAUAUGGUGAUGGCGUGGUCAUGUGUGCAGCCAGCAAUGUGUGUGUGAAGAUGAUUUUAACAGAUGCUGUUCUGGAGGACUCAGGAACACUGCACUGGCCUGGAGAAGCCUCAUAAACAAACACACACUUACAAAACACACCUGUACAUCAAGAAGAUUUAGACAUAUAUACACACACCACCGCCGUGCCUUGACAAAGGACACAGGUGCACGGAUACAUACGGCAAGCUUCAGCUGAAGCGCGUACACACACAUUUACAGAUCUAGCUCCUCUCCUGUGUGAGAGUGUACAUUGUAUUUCUUACCCUCUGUCCAUUUCCGCUGCCACCAUGCCAAGCUCUACCAUUCGCCGACAGAUGAAGAAUAUGGUGAACAACUACUCUGACGCAGAGAAGAAAGUCAGAGAAGCCACCUCCAAUGACCCUUGGGGCCCGUCGUCUUCUCUCAUGUCGGAAAUCGCCGACCUUACCUACAACGUGGUUGCCUUCAGUGAAAUAAUGAGCAUGAUCUGGAAGCGGCUCAAUGACCACGGCAAGAACUGGCGCCAUGUCUACAAGGCGCUCACCCUGCUCGACUACCUGAUCAAGACUGGCUCAGAGCGAGUGGCGCUGCAGUGCAAAGAGAACAUCUUCGCCAUCCAGACUCUUAAGGAUUUCCAGUAUAUUGACAGAGACGGCAAAGACCAGGGAAUCAAUGUCAGGGAGAAGAGCAAGCAGCUAGUGGUUCUGCUCAAAGACGAGGACCGCCUUAAAGGAGAGCGGUCUCAAGCUUUGAAGACCAAAGAGCGUAUGGCCCAAGUGUCCACAGGGAGCAGUCAGAUGGGUUUUGGCAGAGGCUCGUCUCAGCCCAACCUCUCCACUUCCUACAGUGAAGAGUAUGGCAGGUCAGAGGGGUCACCUGCCUCUUACCAUGGCUCCACAUCUCCCAAUGCGGGUUCAGAACUGGAGCAGGCCAGACCUCAGACCAGCGGAGAGGAGGAGCUACAGCUGCAACUGGCUCUGGCCAUGAGCAGAGAGGCUGCAGAGCAGGAGGAGCGUAUACGCAGAGGGGAUGACCUGAGACUACAGAUGGCCUUGGAGGAGAGUAAGAAAGAAGGCUCAGACUCAGUAAAACUCCCCAAGAAGAAGAAAGAGCCCCAGUCAUCUUUGAUGGAUCUGAUGGAUGUCCCAGAGCCUGGUGCCAGUGCUGAUCCCUGGGGUGCAGGCUCUGGGGCUAGAGCAGCUGCUGCUGUCUCCGAAGACCCCUGGCAGCCUUAUGGGUCUGCCCCUAAGCCAGCAGCCCCAGUGGACCCAUGGGGUGCUCCUCCGUCUGUCCCACCCAUGAAGAGCAAUGAUCCCUGGGCAUCAAACGCCACUCCGGCCUCUGAUCCCUGGAGCUCUGCAGCUGCCCGCCCCAAGACUUCCAACGCAGGUAACUUUGACCUGUUCAGUGCAUCCAACGGUACGUCCAAAGAGGACUUCUCAGAGUUUGACAGUCUGCGCUCUUCCUCCUCUGUCCCCACUGGUGAUGGAGGCGUAACAUCCUCCGUCCCAUCCCAAGCCAGCCUUGCCAGCAGCAGCAGCCUGGACCUUUUUGACCCUCUGCCCACCAGCUCAUCUACUUCCACAAACCCAACUAGAAAGACUCCAGAGUCCUUCCUGGGUCCCAAUGCUGCCCUCGUCAAUCUGGAUUCUCUGGUGUCCAUGCCUGCCCAGCCUGCAGCAGUUGUCAAUCCGUUUUUAGCUUCAACAGGUGGCUCUGCUCCAGCAGCCCAUGCCAACCCUUUCCAAGUGAGCCAGCCAACACCUCCCACCCUCAACCAGAUGCGGAUCAGCCCCAUGCCCGCUGGCUUUGGCAGUGUGCCGGAGCCCAUGUCCCUCUCCUCCAUGCCUGCUCAGCCCAUCACCAUGGUCCCCCUGGCGGGGAUGGCCCCCAUGGGCCGAAUGAUGCCUGGAAUGGGAGUUGGCGCUGUUGGAGGUGCAGGGGCAAACACAGGGAUGAGUGCAGGGAUCCCAGCCUCAAUGUCCAUGCCCCAGCCCCUGAUGAGCAUGCCACCCCAGGCUGGGACGCAGCCCACCGGAACCACCAACCCCUUCCUUUUGUGAGGGGGUGGGAGGGGAUGACUUGACCACAAGUAACCCUCCUUUUUCUCUUUUGCUCUCUUCCACUUUGGCUCCUUAAGAAGCUUCAAAAUGAACACGGAGAUGUCUUAUCCCAUUUGUCCCUUUUAUAACCAACUCCUAGCCAGGGCAUAGUCCCAGUCUGGCCUCCUACCGUAACACACUCCUUUAUUCCUUCCUCCUCUGUCUCUUCCUCUCAGUGCUACAAGCUGCCUAGUCCUGUGUGUUCCAUACUGAUCUGACAAUGAUGUUGAUGACCACAAAGAGUUUGCAUCUUUCUAAAGACUUACAGAGUAGCAGUGGUGUUUACAGUUUUUCCACAGAGGCGGGAUGGGACCCCAGCCCCCCCCUCACUCACUCAUCUCCUUUCCUGUACUUCCUCCCUUAGGCUUGCUCCUUACUUCUUCUGUGGUUGAGUGACAGGAGAGUCUGACUGUAUUAACGCCAGGAUCUUUAUCUCUUCACUAGAGCUAAUCUUUUAUAAGCCCUUUCAGCUGGUGUGUGUUUGUGUGUGUGUGUGGGUGAGAGCGUGAGCACACAUCUCAGUACUUUUACACUGUGUAUAUUCCAGUGGGUUUUUCUUACACACGCUGGAAUACGGAUGAGAGAUGUACAGAUGUGUUUAUACUGUACUAUACUGUGUGUGUGUAUGACUAGGAAUUUUGCACAAUUUUUUCUUUUUCUUUUUUUGUUUUCUUUCUGCGACUGUUGGGCUCACCGUUACACCUUAGCUAAGGGAGGGAGACUAACCGCUAAGCGGCACACACUGCCGCAACUCUCGGUACCACUCAGUCACAACUCUUGUCUGGUCACUUCCUGUCGACUUGGAUCUUUCCUGACUCUCCACAUGAACUUUGACCUCCAGGCGUCAUGGGAUAGAUGAUGAACACUUAUCAAAGGAGAUGAACCCCUUGUCGUUGAGGUUGAAAAGAUGUGCAAACGCUAUAGUUGUUUGUGCGUGUCUGCGUGCGUGUGUGCUCACGUGCAGGUGUACUGUUAAUGCUCGGAUACUAACAGCCACAUGUUGAUGUGUUUGUUGCUGAGUCUCUCCCCAGUGUGUGUGUUUAGAGAAGAAGACAAACUGUGAUGGCAUCAGUAUUUUGCUAUCAGAACAUAUGGAUGCAGUGAGUCAUCACGGGCCUUUUUUUUUAGUUUGUUUCUAGGGUCAAAGGGAAGAGGAUGGGGUGUGUGUGUGUGUGUGUGUGCAGUUUGCAUGAGAGAUGAGUUUAGCUUACAAGUGUACUUUAAUAAGCAAGUCUUUCUAUUUCUCAGUGAAGUGGAAGUGACGUAGAAAGUGCUUAAAUUAGCUUCUGAAGUUAGAACAGGUGUGUUUGAGCGUGUGCGUGCGUGUGUGUGCAGCCAUAUUUACAGGGUUGCAAAGAAAGCUGCGGGUUUGAAGAGCAUGCCAGCCUCUCAGCAAUGUGAAGAGAGUUGACCUCGAGUGGAUUUACUGUGGCUAAUCUAUUUACAAGAACAUUACAGGGUGGACACACAAACACACACACAGGGGUUGUUCCAGGAUCAGUCUAUUGAUAGCACAGGGAAUCCUGCAGCAAACAACAGUGAGACAUGUCAUGUAAACAAGCAGUUGUUAAUUUUGUCUUGUUUGGUUACUUGUUAUUUACUCAUUAGAUGUAAAUCCAUAGCCAAGCCUUUCAGAGUGUUGGAGCUGUGUACUAGCAUGUAUCAUCUACAUUCUCUCUUUGAUCUAUUUUCUGUCAUACUAGUUUCUUUUCACCCUAUGGGUAGGCUAUGUAAUUCUCUUCUCUUAGAAGCACAACUGUUACCAAAGUCAUAGCGACUGUUUCUGAGGACGUUGUAAUUUGAAUAGUAGGAACACACUUCACUGACAUUUUUUUUCUGUUUAUGGAUGGCCAUGAUAUCAGAGACGCCGUUAUUUAGUUUAGGUUUUGUUUUUUUGUUUUUUUUUUACAUAUUUCAGAGCUAUAUGUGCAGGAGUUUGUGUAAGAAAGUGUUACUGUUGGCUGAAUAUUGGCACAUUUACUAAGACUGUUGGUUGAGAGGUGUGGGUUGAUGAAAUACAGCAGAUGGUGUAUAGACCCUUCUUCUCUUUAGGUCACUGUAAUCCCUUUUCUUCAGUUCUGUUUAUCACUGCCAAUGUUAUUACUGUGGAGGGUUUGUUUUUAUGUUGUUUUUUUUUCUUUUGGUGCGAGUUGGUGCCCUCUCCUGGUCUGCUGUGGUAUGAUAACUACACCGCAGGACCCUCACUAUUUCCACUAACGGCAGACCUUCAUUUCUCUCAGGCAAAAGGAGGGGCAGCUCGAAAUGUGUAUGUGAUUUUUUUUUUUUUUUGAUGUGGAUGCUAAGGGUGUUUUUGUUAUGCUUGGGGUUCUGAAUGAAUGGAUGUAACACUUGACUUGCAGAGACCAGCAGACAUUUUUAAUCUCAACUGAAUAUAUGCAAAAAUUGGAGUUGGUAAAAGUAAAGAGAAGACUUAUCAUUUGAUGUGUUUUGCAAAGUUAGAUUUGCUAAUAAAACUCUUGUCUAUUGAAAUGCUACUAUGAUAUUCUAGCUAAGACAUGUCACUCUGUCACUGGCCUUGAUUUCACUGCGGCCUGACCUUUAACUUCACUCCAGCGAUUGUGGAAAAGGUUCUUUUUUGAUGCAUUGAAAAAGAAAAAAAAAGAAAUUCAGCACUCCCAAACAGUGAAAUGACACUGCAGUUGAAGACUUUUUCUUAAUCCCUGGCAGCAGUUUCACAGUCGUGGCUAUGGUGCAGUGAACAUGUGGCCUGUGUGUAGCAAGCUCCUCUGCGUGUUACUAUGUAUUCACUAUGCUUUUAUCAAGAGGACUAACUUACCUUAUGAACUGUCUGUCUUUAUAUGCAUAAACAGCCUCCUUUAAUCUUUUCCAUGUCUGUCUAUUUACCCUUCUCAUAGUACUGGGAGCAGGCUGCUUUUUUAUUGGAUACGUGCUCUACCUGUUGGCAUUAUAACUGUAUAAUAUAAUUUAUCAUUUGUACUAUUGUAACAUAGUGUUCCUCUGUAUACCUUAUUAUUCCGUGUAAUGGGUUUUUGUAGGAAAAGUCACCGUGGUAUCUUAACGGCAUCUAAACAAACGAACGCAGCGGGGGCCGCACCCUGUUGGAUGAGGUGAACUGUAGCUGCAUUGGUUCAAAAUAAAAUGUGUAUCACUUCAGCUCUGUAA